UUUUCAAUAUGGCAGCGCACAUAUGCAGAAGUGGAGCUGGAGUUUUUCUUCAAAAAAUUUCAAAUUCCUCAAAUAUAUGUCGUGCAACAUUGCCCAUUUUAACUCAUCUUAAUAGAAUGUGGCCAGCACUAUAUCACACGUCGAGUUGUCUUUGCAGUAGUGAGGAGCGCAAAGGGCCUAAAUUAUACACAGGCACUGGUGAUAAAGGUACUUCAGCCACAUUCACUGGUGAAAGGAGAUCCAAAGAUGAUGUUAUAUUUGAAGCUCUUGGAACAAUAGAUGAGCUGUCAUCAGCACUUGGACUCACCUUGGAAUUUUUUAAAGAAUCUGACAAACUUCAAGAAUGUAUUCCUUAUCUUGAUCAGAUUCAGUGUGUACUGCAAGAUGUUGCCUCCAAUGUUGCAACACCUAAAAGUUCAGCAAGACAACCACAUCUUAAACAAACAUCAUUUAGUCAUCUGAACACCACAGACUUGGAACAGUGGAUUGACUUCUUCCAUGAUGAAUGUCCACCCCUGAAAAACUUCAUAUUGCCUUCUGGCGGAAAAGCAAGUUCUUCUUUACACUUGGCCAGGGCUAUCUGUCGAAGAGCAGAAAGAAGAGUUGUCCCUUUACAAAAAGCAGGAGAAAUAGAUCCAGAACCACUGAAGUAUUUGAACAGGUUGAGUGACUUCCUGUUUGCAGUGGCCAGGUUUGCAGCUAUGAAGGAGGGACACAAGGAAAAAAUAUACAGAAGAAUUCAUGUAUCAGACAGUGACUAAUAGUAUACCAAAUAUUAAGUAAAGAAGUAUUAAAAACAAGAUACUGAGAUAUGAAAUAAGAAUUGGAAACAGGAAGUGUACAUCUUCAUCAAUAAGCAGAUGUAUGUUAUCUUCCGCAUGUUGGGUAUUAUUCAGUUAUGGAAUGGCUUCUUUGCCUUGCAGUCAGGUUAAUAUUGCAAAUGCUUAUUUAUUUUUGGAAUGGCUUCUUUAACCAACAGUCAUAUAGAUAUUAGACCUGCAUAUUUAUAUUAACUUAUUGAUGCGCAGAUACUGUGAAAUGAACAAAGUGACCACAAUGUCAUCAUGGUUGUGUAUUUUAUCAGAGUUUAUCAGAGCUGAAUAAAAGCAUGUGGCUUAUUUUUUGCAUUUAUUUUAACUAAUUUUACUACACUUUGUAAAGCAUAUGAUAUACUAUUGCACAGUGUAAAGCGCCAUGCAAAGUGGUUCUCUACAUGGGUAAAGGUGGUGUAAAGGACCCAACUGAUAAUGGCACAAAGUUUUUGAGUGCAAAAUUUCCGAACUAUUUUAACGUCCCUGGACUAAGGCUCCAUUCUUUUUACAAAAAGAAAUUCCUGAAGAUUGAAGAGUUUGUUGUCCUCAGCUGUACCUGCUUCCUACAACCUUUUGUCCUCAAACCACAAGAAAACACUUGACAUCAAACUUUGAAUUAUAGACAUAGAAUUGCCUCACCACUCAAAAAAGGUACUGCUUGAUUCUAAUUUCAACCAUCUGGCAACCCUCCACCAGAUGACAGCACUUGUGCUUUGGGAAAUUCUGUAGGAAAUGAGUAAGUUACUGGAGUGGGAAUCACCCAAGAUAUCCUAAGACAAGGCCUUCAAUACUGCAUGAUGUCAUACAAGACUAGAAAAUGUCUAAGAAUCUGUGUGAAGAGGGGUUAACUUUUUAAUGAUGAGGAAGAAACUUCAUGCGUUGGGAAUGUUUUUGUAAAAAGCAAUGCAAAAGUGACAUCUAAAACGUGGAAUAUUUAUUUGUACUAAGACUAAGACUGUAAGACUAUAAUUUGAAAAUGAGAAAAUGACCAGAAGAAUCUCUUUGUAUAAGUUGAGUCAGCCUUUAUUUUUAUUCAUUGCUGCACUGCACUCCCUAGUCUGCCAUUAUUUCUGAUCCAGCUCACCUCCAAAUCUCAUGAAAUUUUGCUUGAUUUUACACUGUGUCAUGGGACUUUGGGCUAUUUUGGAUGAUUCCCAUUGUAGUUUAUUAUUUUGUUUUAUCUGUUGAUUUUUUUCAUGACAUGUAGCUCAUUGUAUUGGUUGUUAUUUAAAUUUUUCUAGUUGAGGAAAGACCUGGCAUCAUUUCUAAAUUUAUUUUUAAAACUUUUUUUUCAAAACUGAGGAGUUUUCAUAGGCAAGAAAGACAUGUUUUAUGUUAAUAAUGCUUUAGUUUUGAUUUAAAAGUGAUGCUUAUACCAUAAUUGUAUUCUAUACAGGACUUUUCAAACAAAAUUACUUCUUGAAAAAUCAGGUGGUGGUUCAAUAUCUUCAUUAUAAUGUAAGUUUCAUUGUAAGAAAAGAUGACAAGACAAGAAGCCACCAUUGACAUAAUGGAAAGGAUACAUGGUUUUAUUGACUUCCGAGUGAACUACAUGUACAUGUUUACAGACAUUCAUGGAGAGCGCUGUGGCUACCUGUAAUCACUUCGUCCUGCUGAAAAUUGAUAAAAGCUGCUUCCUAGGUUUUUGGUUUGGUACUUUUACUCCUGCCGAUUGUCUUGUUAGGUCUAAGUUGUUAAAUAAUGUAAUACCCGUGAUGUGGAAGGUUUAGUAUUGUAUUUGCUGGGAAUGACAUUAUUUAUUUAGAUAUCAUUGGUGGAGAAGCAUUUAGAAAAGCAUACAGAAUGUUCACUUGAGUGUACAUGUAUUCUUUUUAUUAUCAAGUAUGCUUUAUACAAUAACAUUUUACAGCAUCUUAAAUUGGACGUACAUUGUGUAAUGGCUGCCCACAUACUGCUAAAGAACAAUGAUUUAAUGAUGGAUACACACAAAACAAACACUUUCAUUUAUUUGAAUUGAAUAAGAAUGCCUCUGUUUAUUGUAAUAUUAAAAGCUAGCAAGCAAACCAAAGCUAUAAAAUAAAUUCUGCAUAUUCGUGGGCA